GCUCCGGAGAAAGCCGCUCCCGACCCCGGGCCUCCGACCCGCGCCCCGAGCCCCGAGCGCCACGGCACCAUGGCCCAGAAGCUGCUGCUCCUCCUCUGCCUGUUCUCGGGCUUGCACGCGCGGUCCAGAAAGGUGGAAGAGGAUGAAUAUGAAGAUUCAUCUUCAAACCAAAAGUGGGUCUUGGCUCCCAAAUCCCAAGACACGGAUGUGACUCUUAUUCUAAACAAGUUGCUAAGAGAAUAUGAUAAGAAGCUGAGACCAGACAUUGGAAUAAAACCAACUGUAAUUGAUGUCGACAUCUAUGUUAACAGCAUUGGUCCUGUGUCAUCAAUAAACAUGGAAUACCAAAUUGAUAUAUUUUUUGCUCAGACCUGGACCGACAGCCGACUUCGAUUCAACAGCACAAUGAAAAUACUUACUUUAAACAGCAACAUGGUGGGGUUGAUAUGGAUUCCAGAUACCAUCUUCCGCAAUUCUAAGACUGCAGAGGCUCACUGGAUCACCACCCCCAAUCAGCUCCUCAGAAUAUGGAAUGAUGGAAAAAUCCUUUAUACUUUAAGGCUCACCAUCAAUGCAGAGUGCCAGCUGCAGCUGCAUAACUUCCCCAUGGACGAGCACUCCUGCCCGCUGAUCUUCUCCAGCUAUGGCUACCCCAAAGAAGAAAUGAUUUAUAGAUGGCGAAAAAAUUCAGUUGAGGCUGCUGAUCAGAAAUCAUGGCGGCUUUAUCAGUUUGACUUCAUGGGCCUCAGAAAUACCACAGAAAUUGUGACAACAUCUGCAGGUGAUUAUGUUGUCAUGACUAUAUAUUUUGAGUUGAGUAGAAGAAUGGGCUAUUUCACUAUUCAAACAUACAUCCCCUGCAUCCUCACUGUGGUUUUGUCAUGGGUGUCAUUUUGGAUCAAAAAAGAUGCUACACCAGCAAGAACAGCAUUAGGCAUCACCACAGUGCUGACCAUGACCACCCUCAGCACCAUCGCCAGGAAGUCCCUGCCCCGAGUGUCCUAUGUGACCGCCAUGGACCUCUUUGUGACUGUGUGCUUCUUAUUUGUCUUCGCUGCUCUGAUGGAAUAUGCCACCCUCAACUACUACUCAAGUUGUAGAAAACCAGCCACCACUAAAAAGAAAACUUCAUUAUUACAUCCAGAUUCCUCAAGAUGGAUUCAUGAGCGAAUAAGCCUGCAGGCUCCCUCUAACUAUUCUCUCCUGGACAUGAGGCCACCACCACCAGAGAUGAUCACUUUAAACAAGUCAGUGUACUGGCAGGAAUUUGAAGAUCCCUGUGUCUACGAGUGUCUGGAUGGCAAAGACUGUCAGAGCUUCUUCUGUUGCUAUGAAGAAUGCAAAUCAGGAUCUUGGAGAAAAGGGCGUAUUCACAUAGACAUCUUAGAGCUGGACUCCUAUUCCCGGGUCUUUUUUCCUACAUCCUUCCUGCUCUUUAACUUGGUCUAUUGGGUGGGGUACCUAUAUCUCUAAAUGUAGUUUCAGUGAUGAGUAAAGAGUGCUAGGUCCCCCCUUUACUUUCUGCCCUCCCCAGACCUGUAGUGACCAGAGUAGCAAGGAAGGACACUGCUUGGUGUAUUGAAGUUAUAUGUACCUUUCAGCAGCACAGGAGUCUGUGGCAAAUAUUUCUAUUUUGUGUUUCACACAUGCGUGUGGAUGCACACACACACACACACCCACAUACACACACACACAAGUUAAUUGAAUUAUAAAGUGAUAUUCUUGCUAAUCCCCUCCUGAAUCUGUAGCUUGGUGAUAUUUACAAAUUGUUUGGAUAUUGGAAGUAGAUGCCAUUUAUCUUUGCAAAGAAAUCUGUAUAACAUGCAAGCAAAUAUGGGAGAAGCUUUCUCAGACAGGACCUCUUAGGUAUCUUCCCUUUGCAGCUUUUGUCACCAGUGUGCACAGGUUCGAGUCCCUGCUGGCUGAGAUGCACUCAUGCAGACCUCAGCCCCAAGUUUCUGGGGCAUCCUGGGUUCAGGUGUGGACUGCAGUGACUUUUGAUCCAGUUUCCUCCUUCUGUGGCCUCUUGCUCUGGCACCAUCAUCAUUAGCUAGCAUUCCUUUACCUAAUAACCUCACUCAGCAGAGGGUGGGUGUACAAGUAUCAUCCACAAGUUUAUAAUUGAGGGAAAAUUGUGAGUUUCAAAAUUCUCACAUUCUGAAGCCAACAGUCAUGACUAAACCUGAACAUCAGAGGUUAUUGCUUUAGUCCAAAUACUGAAAUCAGGCAGUGUUUAAACUUAGGAAUUUAGGGUUCUUGGAAUAGUUCAGCUUGGGUUCAAAAUCUUAACCUUAAGAAUUGUAUUUUACCAGGCAAUGCUCAACUUCAGAGUAUGUGACUUAUGUUAUGUUAUAUGUUAUUAUGGAUUCAAUGUUAUCUUUGUCAAGCAAAAAAAAAAAAAAAAAACCCACAUUCACAAGCCUUUGUCUUGAAAAUGUAUUCCAGAGUGUGA